CCGCUAGCUAUUUUCAACCCUUCGACUGUACGUUUGGCGGUAUCUGCUUCUUUUACUAAUUCAUUUAACGCAUCACGAUGUCUUUCGAUUCUCCCGUGAUUAUCUGACGCAAGAAUUCUCUCAGUUUUCCCGCAAGUGAUCGUAAUAUGCUUGAGUUUUGCUUCAAGUGCUAGCUCCGCAGCUUCCUGCUUCGACAUGUUUCAAUACGAAUUCUUGUUCUUGAUCGAACUAUUUUCACUUAUCCCGUCGGAGGUGCCACGUUUUGUGAAUCUUGCCCGUCGCCCAGGCAAUAUUCCCUUUGAAUAUGUCGAAUAGAUGCAACAACUCAAGCUUUUGAAUAACGAAAUUUUUAUUCCCUGGCAAUGUUUAUCAAAAACGUAUAUCGCUCACUCACUCAGACUCUCUCUUCAACUCAUUUACAACAAAACAUCAAUCAAAAUUCUUUUAAGCCUAUUGGUUAACGAAAUUAAAACAACUAAGGAGAAUUUGUCUCUCUGUCAGUAGGACAUUCAAUUACCUCACUUAUUCCCAACAGCUAAUUGUGCAGGAUUUUAUGAUCCAUAUUUGGAAACUUGUCGUAAAGGAAAGAUCGUGACACUUAGCGAUAAAGAAAAUUUAGAUAUAUAUGAUGUUGCUGUUUGGCUUGAUUACGGCGAACUUGAGAAAAACGUAAGUUUAUACGUUGAUGAUAUUAUAAUGAUUAACGGCAGUUGUGGCGUUGCAAAGAUUUUCCAACUUAAUGCUUCUCAUGUUCAUGACGUGGAAUAUGAGCGCGAUUAUUCAUUAUACGAUGAACGCAGGUACAGAGUUUUUAGUUUCCAACUUGAGCUGACUCCUGAACAAUCUUUAGGUUUUGCAAGAUAUGACACUGCUAAAAAAUCCAAUCUCUUUAAUUCUUCAUUCCGUGCGAACAAGUCCAGUAUUUACACCAUCAAAAAACUUCUCUUUUUCACACAAGAUUUUAACGUGACAGUUACAGUUAGCAAAAAUUCACAUUUUUUAAAAGAAGGUACAACUUUUUCACUGACAGUAUUUAAGACAACCUCUCGUCGACUGGCGUGUAUUCGAAAGCAAUUCUAUCCUAAAGAUGCUUAUAAAACAACUGAAAAUGGUGCAUUCUACAUUAUCAACACAACAGGUAAAACGUAUCCAAAGAAAGAUGUGUUUGUCGAACCUGACAACCAUACAAUUUCCGUGUGUGAAGAGAUUGUACACUCGUCUUGUUAUGGAAGAAGAUUAAAUCUUUCUUCAGAAGAAUACGUAAAGUUUAAGAAUCUGAGUAUAUUUUAUAACCGAACACAAAAGAUAUAUGAUUUUGGUGAAUAUGAUAUGAGAAACGGUGAAAUCUUUAUUUGUAUUUCUGAUGGUUUCCAAAACAAGACCAGAAUCAUUAAUUGGACAGCUGAUUCUUCAACCACCGUCGGAGGAUACUUAACUUUCUUUGGCCUUAUUAUUUCAAUGGUUUCGUUAUUCCUGGUUAUCAUCACUCAUUUUUUAUUUCCUGAACUACGUAAUCUACCUGGUAAGAACGUCAUGAAUUUAUCGAUAUCGCUCUUUCUUGUUCAGUUGUUUUGGCUCCUACCAGACAUGGACAAUAACGUGUAUUGUCACGUGAUGGCUGCCCUAAAACAUUACUUAUUCCUCGUAUCAUUUGCCACCAUGGCAACGAUUGCGUGGGACACCCUUAAGACAUUCGCCAGCAAAACGGUAGCAAAGAGGCGCUCAAAAAGUGAAGAAAACAAGAAGUUCUUUAAACGUGUGGUAUUCACGUGGUCUCUUCCCGCUUUCUUUGUGAUCAUAUGUGUUGUGUUGGAUCGCACUGACAGUUACGCUGUUUAUGUUAAUGAGAUGAUGUGUUGGUUUGAUAACGAGCAUGCUCAAAAUUAUCUAUUUGUGCUUCCAGUUGGCAUCCUUCUGUUUUUCAACAUGACAGUUUUUUCCCUCACUGUAUACUUCAUUCAACGCACUCGUUCUGGUACCACAAUUCUACGUCAUGAUAAAAGACGAGAUCGCAAAAUGCUUUGGAUUUAUGUUAAAAUCUCGUCCUUAAUGGGCUUCACUUGGUUAUUUGGUUUUCUGUAUCUGGUCGUUGAUUCUCUUAUUUUAUCGUACCUGUUCAACAUCUUUGCUUCCCUACAAGGUGUUUAUAUUGCUGUCGCCUUUGUGAUGAAGAAAAGUAUCUGGCAGAAGUAUAAAGAACUGUUUCAUUGUGAAAAUAGGUUUAACAGAAGCAGUGACAACACAUCAUUACAGAAUGCAAGUGACACCACUCAAACAAGAGUUUGAGCUAAAUUAUUUUAUUGUGUUGUUUAGAUACAUGGUCAAUGUUGUGAUCAUUACUAUUGAUGACCUGACCGAUGAUCUUUAAGUAUCUGGCAUGAUAUUGAUUCUGCAUUCUGCAGUUUCAUGUACUUGUUGUAAAAUCUUUUUAUGAGAUCAACGUUAAUUAGUUUCAAAGUUUUGAGAACAUAGCAUUCAUAAGACGCUCAAUUGGACAAAAAAUUAUCCGUUCCUUACCUACCUCGUUUACCAUUUCUCCGCUACUCCGUGGGUUUUUAGCAAAUAUUUUGUUUUGAUAAGUUUCCUUUCUAAGUGAGAUUUUUUCAAGUAUUGGAAGCUUGAUAUGAUACAGUAGAAAGUAGCGUGGACUAGCCAUUAAAAUAUCACAAUCGCACGAGUCCUUAUCGUGUUAAGCGAGUCAAAGUCUAAUCUUAAGGCAGUUUUCAUGAGGAAAAUUGCAAUUAGAUUUACGAUAGUCAGCCUUUGUUAAGCACUGUAAAUGAAUACAACUUGUAAUGAAUGUUUAAAUAAAGUUUCGGUCUCAA